AUGUCAGCGCUUUCUUUGACUUCUAUCAUAUGCCCAAAUAAAGCAUUUCCCAUCCUCUUAGAUCUAUUCCUUUCAGGUUCUUCGGCCCCCGAAAUCCUUUUAUCUAUUAUUGAGGUAAUUUCAAAUCUUUUCAUAUUGCUUCUUCCAUUACAAAACCAGUAUAAUAUUAUUGCGAAAAAGUUCGAAGCCGGCGAUCUUGGACCAAAUACGAUCGUCGGUUCGGCUGCUUUCAAUCUAUUUAUGAUUAUCGCUAUCUGCGUUCUAGUCAUUCCCCCCGGGGAAAUUCGUCGUCAGAAACAUUUGGAUGUGUUUUUCGUCACAGCUACUUGGUCUAUAUUCGCCUACAUUUGGAUGUAUGUGAUUCUGGCUGUGAUAUCACCUGGAGUAAUUGAAAUUUGGGAAGGUCUCCUUACAUUCGCAUUCUUCCCACUUACCGUUUUUACUGCAUGGAUUGCUGAUAUAAAAAUUAUUCAGGUAAAUUACGCCUUUUUGCAAAAAAAA